AUGUCUUCCAAAGAGAAUUUGAAUAUUUUAUCUCCACUCUUUGGGACGAUUAAGGCAUCAGCUCAGUUUAAUUACUGCAUUGACAUUCCUUGGUUGGUUAAGCAAUACCCCGAAGAAUUCAGGUCAAAGCCUUUACUGAUUGUUCAUGGAGAGCAGCGUCAGUCUAAAGCAGAACUGCAUGAGGAUGCACAUCCUUAUCCCAACAUCCGUCUCUGCCAGGCUAAGUUGGAGAUCGCCUAUGGGACUCAUCAUACGAAAAUGAUGUUACUCCUGUACGAAGAGGGUUUUCGCGUCGUGAUCCACACGUCUAACUUGAUUCAUGCUGACUGGCAUCAAAAGACGCAAGGGAUAUGGCUAAGCCCUCUGUAUCCCCGGUUACCAGAAGGCAGUUCUGAAACAUCGGGUGAAUCCAUGACGAACUUCAAACGCGAUUUGAUUGAUUACCUGGCAGCUUACCGGUCCUCUGGGCUCGGAGAAUGGAUCACUCAUGUAAAGCAGCACGAUUUAUCGGAAACUAGAGUUUAUCUCAUUGGCUCCACUCCUGGCCGUCACCAAGGUAACGAGAAACAAAAAUGGGGUCACUUAAAACUCGGCAAGAUCUUGAGUAACUGUGCAUCACCUGUGGUGAACCAUGAGUCAUGGCCCCUCAUUGGCCAGUUUUCCAGCAUUGGCUCCUUGGGAGCUGACGAAACAAAAUGGCUGUGUUCAGAAUUUAAGGAGAGCCUCACGAUGCUUGGUAAAAGCCAGGUCAGGCGGCAGGUGCCUCUUCAUUUGGUUUAUCCGACCGUUGAGAAUGUCAGAACAAGUUUAGAGGGUUACCCAGCUGGGGGCUCGCUACCAUAUGCCAUUGCUACUGCACAGAAGCAACCCUGGCUGUCUUCAUUCUUGUGUCGAUGGUCCGCUGACGUCACAGGCCGAAGCCGUGCCAUGCCCCACAUCAAAACGUACAUGAGGGCAUCCCCGGACUUUGGAGAGCUCGCGUGGUUUGUCGUCACAAGUGCCAAUCUGUCAAAGGCUGCCUGGGGAACUCUAGAGAAGAAUGGCUUUCAGCUGAUGAUCCGCUCAUAUGAACUGGGAGUUCUGUACCUGCCCAAGGCCUUCGGGAUUGAAACUGGCCGAUUUUCAGUAUGCCAAGGUCAAUUACCAGACUGUAAGGUGUCAGAGAUGUCAUUCCCUGUCCCGUAUGACCUUCCUCCAGAACACUACGGUCACAAAGAUCGGCCAUGGAUCUGGAACAUUCCAUAUCUACAUGCCCCUGACACCAAUGGAAAUGUCUGGGCCCCUUCCUAACUCCUGGCCUGUUGCUGCCAGGUUUAUGAAUUGUUUCCCAGAGGGAAGGACUGAUGAGCUGCAUUUUGAAAGCAGGCCUGCAGUUUAUAUACCCAUUUGCUGAGUAUUUCGGCAUUUGAUCUUUCUAAUAUAGAUCGUACAUGUGUUUUUUUUGCAGAAUAAAACUUUUGAAUUAAUCUCA